AUGGAGCAGAAGGCGCAGCGGCUACGGAACUCCUGGGACCGUUCUUGUUUUAGUACUGUCACAAUUCUGGACGGUAUAGCCCUGGCCCAGAUCGGGAGCUGGUCGUUAUGCAUGUGGACCUCAGCGGUUGUUCUCCUACUAUUGGAGAACAAUGACGACGCUGUCAUAUCAUUCGAAGACCUUGCACGUGAUUAUGAAAGCGUAGAGGUAGUAGAAAUUUUAAAUGGAAAGGCGCAGUCAUCAUUGCUGAUCCUCGCGUUGGCGGGACUUCUAUGGUGGAUUUGCAUGGUGAGCUGGAAACUGCAGUGCAAAUCACGGAAAUAA